AAUUUUCACAAAUUGCUUGAUUAAUAAUCACUUUUUUUUCUCUGCAGUACGAUUCGAACCCUAAACCUGAAGCUCUCUGCAAAAACCUCCAAUCCACAUCUCUGCUUCACUACUCUCGAUCAAACCAAACCCUCUCUCUUGCGCGCCAAAACCCAACCCAAUCUCCAACCACCAUAACCGUUUCAUGCUCUUCUCUUCCUCCUUCACCAAUGGACUCAAUCGUCCACUCAGCUCUCGAAGAAAUCUGCUCUCAUGGCGUCAAUGGCCUCUCACUCUCAACCCUCUGGCCCAAUCUCCUCCAUUCUCUCUCCUCCCAUGGCCUUCCUCUCUGCCACAACGUGAAAAAAGCAAUCUGGACCAACCUCCUCAACCUCCCGGGGCUUCAAUUCGAAGCUCAAGGUGUUUUGUAUGAUUCUCAGGAUCCGGAGAUUCGGAAGUUGGAGGAUUGUGAGAGGUUGGAGUUGAAGAUUGUUGCGGCUGAGCAUCUUCGCAAUAGUUUUGUUGGGAUUUAUGAUAUUAAGGCUUCUGAUGCUGGUGUUUCGCAGCCCCAGCGUCGCGCGCUUGAGCGUCUCGCCAUUGCCAGAACAAAUGGUAUUACCCAAAGUGAACUUGCUAAGGAAUUUGGCAUGAAAGGAAACAACAUUUUCUAUAUAUUGCGGAAUCUAGAGUGCCGAGGGCUGAUUGUGAGGCAGUCAACAAUUGUGAGGACCAAAGAAAGUAGCAGUGAAGGGGUUCCAAAAAAUAGUUCAAUUGUGAAUACCAAUAUGCUUCAUUUAUACCGUUAUGCAAAGCAUUUGGGUUGUCAACAAAGACUUGAAAUUACUAAAGAGGAUAAAACCUUGGUGGCUAAUGAGAACGCGGAUGUAAAUGCUGUGAGUGGUGAUGGUGCUGCUGAAGAAUGCGCUAAAGAGGAUGUGUAUGUAAAAGAUUAUCUGCCUGCACUGAAAGCCAUCUGCGAUAAACUUGACCAAGCUGAUGGCAAGAUUCUUGUUGUGGCAGAUAUUAAGCGGGACCUUGGUUACAGAGGAACUCCUGGACAUAGGGCUUGGAGAAAUAUCAUUAACAGGCUGAAAGAUGCUCGUGUAGUUGAGGAAUUUUGUGCAAAAGUGAACGAGAAAGCGGUCAACUGUUUGCGUUUGCUGAAAAGCUUUUCCCCAAAGAAUUUUGAGCCUAAAACUACUGGACUUGGAGAUGAUGAUCCUGACACGGAACAACCGGUGAAACUGGGAAAGAGAGGUCAAAUCACUGACCAGCUAGUGGAGCUUCCCAUCGAACAUCAAAUCUAUGAUAUGGUUGAUGCUGCAGGAGCAAAAGGGAUAACUAUUACUGAGGUCUGCAAGAGGCUUGGGAUAAACAACAAACGGCAUUAUACUCGGCUUCUUAAUAUGUUCUCUAGGUUUGGAAUGCAUCUGCAGGCAGAAAGCCAUAAUAGAGGUGUGGCUUAUCGAGUUUGGACAUAUGGGAACUUCAAUCCUGAAACAUCUAAUAUUGUUGCGAGUAAGCCAGAAAAUGUCUUGAAUGAAAAUGGUGCUUCUAAUCCUUCUGCUGGGGAUCUUGUUUGGCAAGAGAAGUCAGCUGAAACCAUUCCAGUGUUAGAUCUUUGGACUUCUAAAGUUGAUGGUAGAGACAUCAGGAAAUCUCAAGAGAAGGUGAUUGAAGCAGAACUUUCUCAUGGUUCUCCAGCAGAUGAACUUUGUGUGGUGAGUACAGAAGCUGCAUCAAAUGUUGGUCCACAGGAAACAUCACCCCUUCUUGUGUCAACACCUCCUAGACAACGAUCAUAUCAGAGGUAUCCAUGUCUCACUUUAACUGCAGAUAGUGCCCGAAGGGAGCAGUGGAUACUUCAAAGGUUGCAGAAGGAGAAAUUCAUUAUUAGAGCUGAGCUACAUAGAGGGCUUGAGAGUCUUGAGAAGGACAAGCAUACAAUGAUGGACAGAAGGACCUUAGAUCGUAUUCUGAAUAAACUUCAAGAAGAAGGACACUGUAAAUGCAUUCGAGUUAGUGUUCCUGCUGUCUCAAACUGUGGUCGCAGUCGUAUAAUAGAUGUGGUUCUGCAACCAUCUGUUCAUGUAUCCCCUGAAACAUUGGGUCAAAUUCAUGAGAGAUUGAGGUCUUUUGAUAUGGAAAUUCGUGCCCAAGGCUCUUCUCGAUUAAAGAAGGGUCAAUCAGUCCCUAUAUUGGAUGGUGUCCAGAGAAUUUUAAAACCUGCAAAAUUAGAUUUCCAAGCUGAGAGGUCAGAAGCCAUGCGCGCUAAUGGAUUUGUAUUGGCAAAGAUGGUUCGCACAAAGCUACUGCACAUCCAUCUAUGGGGCUACCUCAGUAGUUCACCUGGUUGGGAUGAUGCUCUAUCAUCUGGUAAACAUGGGUAUGACCUGAAGAAUCCUCAUAGCACUUGCAAAUUGUUUGCACUGGAUGCGGCUAUUAAGGCCAUGCCACUUGAGCUGUUCUUGCAAGUAGUGGGGUCCACUCAAAAGUUUGAAGAUAUGAUUGAUAAAUGUAGGAGUGGUUUGCAGCUUUCUGAUCUUACUGAACAGGAAUACAAACUCCUGAUGGAUACUCAAGCAACUGGACGGCUGUCAUGGCUUAUUGACAUUUUGCGACGUUUGAAGUUGAUUCGGCUGGUAAGGGAUGGACAUUCAGAAGAUGCAGCCAAUGUCCCACAUGCCACUCUUACAUACGCAUUGGAACUGAAGCCUUACAUUGAAGAACCUGUCUCAAUAAUUAUGCCAUCUUCUGGUGUCAUUUCUUUCGAUCUCCGCCCUCAAAUCAGACAUGAUUUUAUUCUUUCAAGCAGAAAAGCUGUUGAGGAGUACUGGAACACUUUAGAGUAUAGUUAUUCUACUGCUGAUUCAAAAGCUGCUUUACAUGCAUUCCCUGGUUCUGUUGUUCAUGAGGUAUUUUUUUUCCGAUCAUGGGCCUCGGUUCGAGUAAUGACAGCAGAUCAACGUGCUGAGCUUCUCAAGCGUGUUGUGAAUGAUGACCCAAAUAAAAAACUUUCAUUUAAAGAGUGUGAGAAGAUUGCAAAUGAUCUUAAUUUGACAUUAGAGCAGGUGCUUCGUGUCUAUUAUGAUAAGCGGCAACACCGUCUUACAAGAUAUCAAAGAGAUUUAAAUGUAGAAGGGGAGGACUUUCAGCCGCUUAAGAAAAGACGUGUUUCAUCUUCACGGAAUAGAAAAAAAUCCUCAGAAGGAAGGUCAUCAAGGCAUAGAAAAGCUCGCACUGCAGAUAGGCACUCAAGUGGGCAGAGGUGUGUUAGAUUAUCUGAUGCUGAUAAUCAGUUCACAGAAGAACAAAAUUUAUUCUCAGCUUCUUUGGGAGAGCAUAACAGUAAUUUAGAAUCAUGUCAAGAUGAAGAUCACAUGGAGGCAAUAGAAGAGGCAGAGUCAAAUGAAGAAGCGGAGCAUCGUUCUUUUAUUCACGAGUGUGCCCUUUCAAGGAUGAAACCAACACGUCAAAGAAAGUUUUCAUGGACAGAAAAGGCCGAAAGGCAAUUGGUGAUGGAGUACGUAAGAUAUCGUGCUGCUCUUGGGGCAAAAUUUCACCGCACAGAUUGGUCUUCACUUCUGGAUCUUCCAGCGCCUCCUGAUGCCUGCAGAAGAAGAAUGGCAUUACUGAACAGUGAUUCAAAGUUUAGAAGUUCUGUGAUGAGACUUUGUAACAUGCUUAGCGAACGAUAUGCCAAACAUCUUGAAAGAUUGCAAAACAAAUCGUUAAACCAUGGUGAUUACAGCGUGAUAGUUCGGGAUUCCUUGUUUGGGAAAGAUUGUCACAAGAAUUUCUCUAGUAGUGUUGAACGUAAUGAAGAGUUGGGUUUUGAGGAAAGGUGGGACGAUUUUAAUGAUGAAAAUAUUAAGAAAGCCCUUGAUGAGGUUAUCCGUUGCAAAUGGAUGGCUAAACUGGAUGCAUCUAAAAGAGGUGGUUCUGGAGCAGAGGAAUGGUCAUAUUUAGAUGCUGAAGGACAUAAUCCCUCGGGAACUGAACUAGUUCCAUCUCUCAUUCCUAAUGAGGAAAUUCACAACCAUGGUGGUGGGAAUAAAUUUUAUCCUCAGAUAUCAAGGCGUCAUCGCCUUCCUCGAAAGUAUAGUAAGCUUUUGAAUGAAGGGAUUGGUGUUAGUAGAAGGGCACAUGAAUCAUUAGCAGUUUCCAAUGCGGCAGAGCUAUUUAAGCUUGUCUUCCUGAGCACCUCAACAGCUCCAGAGGUGCCAAAGUUGCUUGCGGAAACAUUACGGCGCUAUUCUGAGCAUGAUCUUUUUGCUGCCUUUAACUAUCUUAGAGAGAAGAAAAUUAUGGUUGGAGGUAUUGGAGAUAAUCCCUUUGUACUUUCUCCACAGUUCCUGCAAAGUAUUUCUUCAUCUCCCUUUCCAAUUAAUACUGGAAAACGGGCUGAUAAGUUUGAUAGCUGGCUCCAUGAAAAAGAAAAAGAUCUGAUGGAAGAGGGGACUGAUCUCACUGCGGAUUUGCAGUGUGGGGACAUUUUCCAUUUGUUUGCCCUAGUUUUUUCUGGAGAGUUGUUAAUUUCACCAUACUUACCAGAUGAAGGUGUUGGAGAGGCUGAAGAUUCGAGAACUUUGAAACGUAAAUCUGAUAGUAAUGAAGUUCGCAUUGGUGACAAAGGGAAACAACUGAAGUCUUCGUUGGCCGGAGAUGGUGAGAUUAUUUCUCGUCGUGAAAAAGGUUUUCCCGGUAUUAGGUUAUCUGUAAGUCGUGCCAUAAUUUCACGAAUUGAUGCCAUAGAAUUUUUCAAAGAUGGUGAUAUCCUUGAUGCUACACUAGUUUGUGGUGAAAAUGAUCAAGUCAAUACAUCUUCAAGCAUAAAUAUUGGUGGCACUGCAUUUCCUUCUGACCAUGUCAAGGAAAUCCUUGAUGAGGGGAGCAACAUUCCUAUGGCAGUUGCUGCCAGUGAGUCAGAGUGGGAAACGAUGACAAGCUAUGUUGAACAUCUGAUGUCUUUAUCAACUAAUCAACAAGCAGCAAGUCCUUUUAAUCCUGAGCUCUUUAGGGAUGCUUACUCUGCCAUUCAAAAGGCAGGUGACCAAGGUUUGAGCAUGGAAGAACUCUCCCAGGUCGUGAAUAUGCAAGGGAAAAAUAUGCCAGAACUUAUUGUUGGAGUACUUGAAGCAUUUGGGCGUGCUUUAAAGGUCAAUGCUUAUGAUUCUGUCCAUGUUGUUGAUUCGUUAUACCGGUCCAAGUAUUUUUUGACCUCAAAGGCCACCCUUAAUGAAGAUGUUGAGGUGGCUUUACCAAUCUCCAAAAUUGAUGAUGGGCAUUUGAACCAAAGGUCAGAAAAUCCUGAUGAUGAUGGUGCUAAUACACCAAAGGAUUCAAGCACGAACGCUGAUGAGGUGCACAAGGUCACUAUUCUAAAUCUUCCUGAAGAGGUUUUCCAUACCUCUAGUGAAACGGACUUGUUAGUCAGGCCAAUAUUACCUUGGGUAAAUGGAGAUGGUACGAUCAACAAGAUUGUUUACAAGGGACUUGUACGCCGUGUUCUUGGCAUUGUGAUUCAAAAUCCGGGGAUAUUAGAGGAUGAUAUUCUUAUACGAAUGAAUGUAUUGAAUCCUCAGAGCAGCAAGAACCUCUUAAAAUUGAUGAUUAUGGAUAAUUACAUCAUUGCGCGGAAGAUGUAUCAGACUACAUCCAGUGAUCCCCCUGCCAUACUGAGUGGUCUUCUCGGGAAAAGCUUCAAAAAACAAACGUUGAUUUGCCAAGAGCAUUUCUUUGCAAAUCCAAUAUGUACUACCUUAUUGUAGAAUACACAGCCUCUAUCCUCUCUGCAUAUUUAUUGUUGUCGGGUUUCUUUGGAGCUGUUUCGCCAUGCUUUUGAGAACAACACUAAUGGUUGUUAUGUCAGUUAGAGGUGGUUGAAGUGCUGAAGACACGUUCUAUAGGAUUCAGCUAAUUUAUAUUAAUGAUUGUAACUAUAUCUUGUGUUUAUGUAUUGUAAAACUAGGUAGGCAGUCUGUUUAUUACUAUAUCUUGUGUUCUGGAAUAUAACUCACUUGAAUAGGUGCUGCUCUUGUAUUUCUUAAAGAUGUAAAAAUUAUGACCAAUUGAACUGAUGACCUGCUUGAAAAGUGGCUUUUUUUUU